UAAUCACGGUGAUUGGUUAGAUGUUGGAGGUUGGAUACCAUGUGUGGUUGGGGAGGUUUAAAUGCCUCACAUGUGUGUGCUCCCUGUACAGUGCGUGGUGGAUGGUGGCUCUGCAGUCUACUCAGAGGAACCCUGAGGCGAUCUAUCUACCACAGUCAUCUCAUAAUUAGCACAAGGGGGUUUGGAGAGCGCUGCCAAAUAUGUGCCAUUUACAGUAACCUGUCCCACCUAUUGGACAAAAUUCCAAAAGUUCCAAGACACUCAAUCAUAAAAUGAACUAGGAGGUGACCACGCCUUACUCCAGACUCACCGCAGGAGACAUGCUGGCACAAUAACGUGUCUCUGAAAUGCGCUCAUCACAAAAUAAGGAUAAUAAUAUGUAGCUGUUUUAUGAGCUGACAAUUACCUUCGUGAUAUGAUGGUAUUUACGGUUGUCAGCGCGCGUCUGGUGCGCCAGUGGUUGCUGGUUAUCACCGUGCGUUUUAUUGCGAUCUCCAUGGCUUUUCAACAGGACAGGAGCAGGACAGUGACAGUGAGGGACGUGUCUGGGCGUCUCGGUGGGCCGUCGGGGUCCGUGGGGCUCUGCACCUUUGGCACGUCUAUUGCCUGCUGUUUAGGCUGGAGGAAUGUCAUGGGUGUCUGCCAACCUGUGUGCCACAAGUCUUGCAGGAAUGGAGUCUGUGUGGGUCCAGACAAGUGCUCCUGCUCUGUGGGAUACAAGGGCCAGCAAUGUGACCAAGAUGUGAAUGAGUGUGGUCUCCCAGAGCGACCGUGCUCCAACAGCUGUAUGAACACCCAGGGUAGUUACCGGUGUUACUGCGACCCCGGAUACAACCUCAUGACAGAUGGAUCAACCUGCACCAAAGAGCCUGAGUGUUCCUCCUCACGCUGCCAGUUCAGUUGCCAGAUCGACCGGGGGGGAGAGGUGCGCUGUCUGUGUGCCCCCGGCCUCCACCUGGCCGCCGACAACAGGACCUGUGAAGAUGUGGACGAGUGUCGCGGGGCGCCAGAUGUUUGCCCUCUCCGGCACACUUGCAAGAACACCUUUGGCAGCUUUGUGUGUGCGUGCAGGGAGGGCUUCGUGUUGGGGACGCUCCAGAACUCAGUGCGGUGUCGAGAUAAGGACGAGUGUCUGGACAGUACUCACCUGUGUAGCCGUCAUUCCCAGUGUUUCAACACCUCUGGUUCCUACACCUGUCAGUGUCUGGAGGACUACUCGGGCGACGGCCACACGUGCUGGCCGAGGAGAGCCUCCCAGUCCAAGACCUCCAUGUACUACCGGUACAAACUCUCCAAAAGGACCAGGCCCAUACAACAACCACACCAUCCGCAGCUCUGACGGUGCCUCUGCUUCUGACUGAUAACCCUGUUGUGAAGUAGUUACUGGCGGACAUUUUGGGUCGAGCCGUGUUGAAGCAGCACAUGAGAACUACGGGAGGAAAAUAGAUUUGUGUUAAAGCAGCCUCACAGGACAUUUCACGAGGUAGAUGUGCAGGAAAAUUGAGGUGGAGUUUCACUAUCACAACAUAGUUAAAGCCGAGUAAUGCUAAGAAUUCCUCACACAACUGGAAAGUGUGGUAACGUUCUGUUUUAGCCUAUCAUCUGCCAGGCCUCUCUUCAGUUACUCAACAAAGACCCUAGAUUGCUAAACGGUGCCAUUAGUGGUCUACUGUUUGAUGUCAGUCAAAGAAGCCACUCAUUUGACAAACACACUCGUCAAGGAACCACACUCUGUAGUCUGCCUGCCAUGCUUCAGACUCACCACGCUCUGUGAUGACAUGGAAUUUUCCUUUGUUUAGGUUUCCCAGCUUAUUGUCUCGGAAAAGGUCACAGUUAAGAACAAGUUUCACACGCACUGCCAUACUGCUACUUUGGCAUUUGUAACCAAUUUCACAAUACACAUGUUGUCAGCAUAAGGGAUCUUGAUAGGGACUUCAUGUAGUGAGUGAUUAGCAAAUUUUCUGACAGGCCAGUGGGUGUACACGAGGGGACUAUUAGUCCAUACGGACUAGCCUUUGAGAGGAGUGUAUACGUCAUUAUUUGUUAAUAAAAGGCUGACCUCUGGUGGAAAGAUAAGGGAGGAUAUUUGUCUUCUUCUUCGAGAGAGAGAGCAGCGUCAUCCUGACUUCUCCAUAGAUGGGAUCAUAGAUAGCAGCAUCUCCCUGACUUCUCCAUAGAUGGGAUCAUAGAUAGCAGCAUCUCCCUGACUUCUCCAUAGAUGGGAUCAUAGAUAUCAGCAUCUCCCUGACUUCUCCAUAGAUGGGAUCAUAGAUAGCAGCAUCUCCCUGACUUCUCCAUAGAUGGGAUCAUAGAUAGCAGCAUCUCCCUGACUUCUCCAUAGAAGGGAUCAUAGAUAGCAGCAUCUUCCUGACUUCUCCAUAGAUGGAUCAUAGACAGCAGUAUCACCCUGACUUCUCCAUAGAUAGGAUCAUAGAUAUCAGCAUCUCCCUGACUUCUCCAUAGAUGGGAUCAUAGACAGCAGUAUCUCCCUGACUUCUCCAUAGAUGGGAUCAUAGAUAUCAGCAUCUCCCUGACUUCUCCAUAGAUGGGAUCAUAGAUAUCAGCAUCUCCCUGACUUCUCCAUAGAUGGGAUCAUAGAUAGCAGCAUCUCCCUGACUUCUCCAUAGAUGGGAUCAUAGAUAGCAGCAUCUCCCUGACUUCUCCAUAGAAGGGAUCAUAGAUAGCAGUAUCACCCUGACUUCUCCAUAGAAGGGAUCAUAGAUAGGCUACAUAACCGAAAGCUGUUGAAAUGCAUGUAUUUGUUGAGUCGUGUUAAUUAAUUAAGGCACUUUGAGAGAUUGUCUGUUUGAUGAUGUAAAAUGUCUGGAAUAAUGGUAUAAUUGUUGAAUGGGGACCAACCAAUAAAGUGUGUUGUUAUUAUUA